AUGGAUCCUACGAAUGAUCCUAAUUUCACGCCGCCAUCGUUGAAUAGAGACAUUCAGCCACCGGCGCCUUCGUCGAUGAUUCCCGAAAAUUUACCUAUUCAGCCUUAUGUUUUGGCUGAUCUAGGAAACGCAGUAGAUGCACCGCCUCCCCAUCCUUCUAGAAAUACAAAGAGACAACCAAAAGGGACAUUUGAAGACUUUCAAUCUAAGAUCCCAAGAAGACAUACUGAAUUAGUGGAUUCGUCUUCCGAUGAAGAUGAAGAUGGAAACGGACGCCCCACAGUCUUACGACCAAAAAUUCAGGUAAUGUCUUCCCAAAUCGCAGAUCUAGAAGAAUUACCGAAAGGGAUCCAAAGACAAGCUACAUCUUUGCUUGAUUAUGAGUUUCCUUCACACCGAUUGGCGACCAACUUACAGGAUAAUACCAAGUAUCCACUAGUCAUCGUCGCUUGUGGUUCGUUUUCUCCUAUAACAUAUUUGCAUUUGCGUAUGUUUGAAAUGGCUCUUGAUGCAAUUACGGAACAAACUAGGUUCGAGGUUAUUGCCGGCUACUAUUCGCCAGUUUCUUCGAAUUAUAAUAAGCCCGGAUUGGCUCCUGCUCAUCAUAGAGUUAGAAUGUGUGAAUUGGCUUGUGAAAGGACUUCCUCUUGGUUAAUGGUAGAUGCGUGGGAAUCCCUUCAGCCUAGGUAUACGAGAACGGCUUUGGUUUUAGACCAUUUUAACGAAGAAAUAAAUAUUAAAAGAGGUGGUGUGAGGACAAAUACUGGUGAAAUGAGAGGAGUAAAGAUCAUGCUUCUUGCGGGUGGCGAUUUGAUUGAGUCAAUGGGUGAACCAGAUGUUUGGGCCGAUCAAGAUUUACAUCACAUUUUGGGUCGGUAUGGUUGCUUGAUCGUUGAAAGAACGGGGGCAGAUGUUAGAAGCUUUUUAUUAAGCCACGAUAUUAUGUACGAACACAGAAGAAACGUCCUAGUUAUAAAGCAAUUGAUAUAUAAUGAUAUAUCGUCAACUAAGAUAAGGUUAUUUAUCCGAAGAGGGAUGUCUGUUCAGUAUUUGUUACCAAAUUCUGUUAUAAGGUAUAUACAGCAGCAUAAAUUGUAUUAUGAUUCGGAACCAGUCAAACAGGUCUUGUCUGAUAAGGCUGAUUAA